UGCACAGACCAUGCUCACGCGCGGACACCAGGUGGCGCUCUCGUCCAUCAGCUACAUCGGUUGCUCGCUGUCCGUGCUCUGCCUGGCCGUCACGCUGGUCACCUUCGCCGUGCUCUCCUCGGUCAGCACCAUCCGGAACCAGCGUUACCACAUCCACGCCAACCUGUCCUGCGCCGUCCUGGUGGCCCAGGUCCUGCUGCUCAUCAGCUUCCGCUUUGAGCCGGGCACGGCCCCGUGCCAGGUGAUGGCCAUGCUCCUGCACUACUUCUUCCUGAGCGCCUUUGCGUGGAUGCUGGUAGAAGGGUUGCAUCUCUACAGCAUGGUGAUCAAGGUCUUUGGCUCAGAAGAUAGCAAGCACCGCUACUACUAUGGGAUAGGAUGGGGUUUUCCUCUUGUGAUCUGUAUCAUUUCAAUAGUCUUUGCCAUGGACAGUUAUGGAACAAGUAAGAAUUGCUGGCUGUCGCUCGGGAAUGGCGCCAUCUGGGCCUUCGUGGCCCCUGCCCUGUUCAUUAUCGUGGUCAACAUUGGCAUCCUCAUCGCGGUAACCAGGGUCAUUUCACAGAUCAGCGCCGAGAACUACAAGAUACAUGGAGAUCCCAGCGCCCUCAAGUUGACCGCAAAAGCUGUGGCCGUGCUGCUGCCCAUCCUGGGAACCUCGUGGGUCUUUGGCGUGCUUGCUGUCAACAACCAGGCCAUGGUCUUCCAGUACAUGUUUGCCAUACUCAACUCCUUACAGGGAUUUUUCAUCUUCCUCUUUCACUGUCUCCUGAAUUCAGAGGUCAGAGCUGCUUUCAAGCAUAAAACCAAGGUCUGGUCCCUCACGAGCAGCUCCAGCCGCCAGGCCAACGUGAAGCCCUUCAGCUCGGACAUUAUGAACGGGACCCGGCCUGCUACAGGCUCCACCAGGCUCAGCCCUUGGGACAAGAGCAGCCACUCUGGACACCGCAUGGACCUGUCUGCCAUGUGAGCAGAGAGGCUGAAGACCCGGCCGGCCUGCUGCUCAGAACCCCUCCACCUGCUGCAAACAGAACACAAGCAACACUCUGCCUUUGCCUCUGGGACCCUCUCCUCAUUACCGUCUGGACCCGGGGGUCACAGCCCCGAGAGAACUGUCCUCACCUGUGACCUGCCCACGUGACAGAGUCCACCACUCUGCCUGCAGCCUGAUACACAGAGGCGGGGGGUGGGACCCAGUGCCACAGACUUCCCCUUCAUCCCUGCCAGCGCGCACAGCACAGAGCCCUCCACACUGCGCGCACAGCGGCCAGAGCACUGGGUGAGAAGUUUAACCUCUGCCUGGUGAUGGGGACUUUGGACCAAAGUGCUGGUGUCUGCAGGGGAGGGUUGGGCGGAGGCCGCUGCCCAUGAGCAUGUUUUCCACCUGCCGACUCCACCCAACAACAGGAUCCCCAGUGCCAGGCAUCUGCCGAAGAGUGACUCUUUCUGCAGGGUGGUGCCAGCCUGGGCCAGCCCCACGUCUGCUUGCAUGGCUGCACUGGGCCUCUGCUGAUGCCCAGGGCUAUGAGGUGGAGACGCUGGCCGCCCAGCCCCUGUCUGUGUGCGGGGAUCUUGCCAAGGCAAAGAGCUCCACAGAGGGUGGGGCCUUCUGCUCCGAAAGCAUCUCAGCCCCUUCCUCGUGCAUGUUGGCUCUUCAGAUUCAAAGUCAGCCUUAAAAUCCACGCCCCUCCUCCUUUCCUGGCACCUGAGCCUUCUCUGUGUUCAGCCUUCCCUGGUAGGCCAGAAGAGCCACCGUUUUCCAAGGCGUAACAUCCCUAGGAUUUCUUCCUCAUCACUUGCAAACGCUUUUCUGGUUUUCCAAAGAGUGGAUCACAGUGGAGAGUAGCACGGUACGGUAGGUGACUGCACGAUGCUGCAAAGACGCCUUGACAGAGCCACAUAGCAGGCUGCUCUUGAGUGCGGGGGAGAAUCAAGAACCCCCGUCCUGACCGACCUAGGGAGGGAGGGGGUGGCAUUGGCUGUGUCUUCUGAGUUGAUGUUUAUUUAUAGACCUAGACCUGGACUCAGCCCCCUAGGGGACGCAAUGAUCCUUACGACCCCAUGUUUGGGCGAGAUCCCGUGGGUUUGCAAUCCUAGAUGUGAACUGAAAAGCCAUGGAAUUGUUGGGAAACAGAACUACGAAAGGUUGCACUGUGAGUGCUUGUGAAAUGUAUGGGUAAGAAAUUCCAACCUGUUUUUGAUACUGGAAAAUCUUCCUUGAAAACUGUGACAGCGAUAGCAUUAAAGCCCCUGCCCCCCGACGACCGUCCCACCCUAUCUCCUCACCUCUGCUGUGUCUCCUGGUGAGUUUCUAUGUGGUUUUGUAGACCUUUUCCCAUCUUCCUCUGCACCUUCAUAAAGGAACUCCUGCCCUGAUGCCCUGAUGACGAUGAGUGUUAACAGUCAUUUUCAAGCAUCUCCUGCUGUGUUGAGGGUGGGGUUAACCUCUGUCCUUCCACAGGGAGGAGGGGGUCCCCAGAUGUACCCGCCUCGGCACCUCUGACAGCGCCCUGUGUGGUGCCAUGGAUAUGCCUUGGGGGGUGAACCUGGCUGAUGCCAGCAAAGAGCCCAGUGUUUGGUGAAAAGUAUGGCUGGCCCCCGCUCUAAGUGUCUUGUGAUUCCAGAAGCCAGGUCACCUGUAACUUGGCAUUAUAUCCUUGUGCCCAAGAACACCUAGAAGUGAGAACACUGUAUUCUAAAGAUUUACACUUGGAUUUUUUUUUUUCUUAUUUAGUUUCUGGUGAAGCAAAUCAAAUAAGGAACUGUCUUUAUUUUACAUAGAAUUCUUUGUUUUUUUUUUUUUUAAAUCUGCAUAUUCACCCUACAUAGCUAAUAUAUCAGGAGAAGUAAU